AUGAAGCAGGCGUCAAAUGUUGGUGACACUCGAAAAUUGUAUCAAAUUAUCCGCCAAUUUAGCGGUAAGCUCUCGGCACUCUGUGAGUCGUUUCUCGAUGUUAAUGGCGGCUUUAUCGCUGACAACUCGGCCAAAGUCGAUCGCUGGCGUGAACAUUUCGACCCGGAGAUUCAAUCCCCUCUAGGUUAUGCAGUGUCGUGUGACCUGUCUUCCGAAGACGAAGUUGCUGAUGCAAUGCAGAGGCUGCGCAAUAACAAGGCGUCCGGUGAGGAUGAUAUCCUCGCCGAAAUCUACAAAUCCUGUGUUGACACUCUGGCUCCCUGGACAAGUGUGGAGAUUCGAAACCGUUCCCGAUGUCUGGGUUCAGGCAUCCUUGUACCUGUCUACAAGAAGGGAAAUAAGACAAGAUGCGAGAACUACUGUGGCAUAAGUCUUAUCGACGUUGCUGUGAGGAUCUUCGCUAUUGUUCUUCUCAGGCGAUUCCAGUCUGUGCGUGACUCUAGGACGCAGCCCAACCAUGCCGGAUACCGCACUGGGCGUAUUCUUGGGAAGUCUCUACGUGAAGAGGACGGUGUUGAGCUUGCACCCGGACACUGGCUGACUGAUCUCGACUACGCUGAGGAUAUCGCUUUACUAACUUCAAGCUUUCGCGAUCUACAGUAUUUAGUGUCACGAGUGAAUAAUACCGCUGCUUCGGUUGGCUUGUCCAUAAAUACCGAGAGGACUAAGUUAUUGGCGAGCUGCCUACCUGACCAGGGGAAGGCACCUUCGGGGAUUAAUUGCCGCCACAUUGAACAAUUAAAAAGCUUUAAAUAUAUUUGGGUGAAGUCAAGUCAACUCAAGUUUAUGGCAAACAAUGGUUUUCAGCAACUCUUCAUCAGACCAAACAUUUGCAAGGGAAAUUAA